AUGACCUCCCGAACUCUCCUCAACAUUGAUCAACUCAGUACCCCAAUCAAAUCUGUGGUUCAAAUUAAGACAUAUGGUCGAAGACGAGAGGAAUACAGAAAGACAGACUCCUCUUUCUCACGACCCGAAUAUGGUAGUGUCAAGGGUAGCAGCUUGCCAUACCUUGUUUUAGCACAGCAAUAUCAGCUGCGACACCAAAAACUCAAAGGAAUAACAAUGGCCAACCAAUCAGACUCGGAUAGAACCAAAAAGAAACAGGAAAACAAAAACUAUUCUGGUGCACUAACUGGAUCAUACAACUCACCAGCACAGCACCCACUGGGUGGUUCCCAAUAG